AAGAGGGGAAUUUUCUCAAUAGAAAGCUCGGUCACUCAGGCUCACUCUCUCUGUCUGUCUCUUUCUCUCUUCUGCUUCUUGGCAUUCAUUGUACAGCAUCGCCGCCUUCCCUUUUCUCCUUUCCUCGCAGCAUUUCGGAGAGUUGUCUGGUCGUAGUUGGGGAGAAAUUGUGAAUGGUGAGGAAUGAAUAGAAUACGGUGAUUCCCUCUCAAUUGGUGCUGUAGCCUUGUGUCCACAGGGAAGUAGAGGAGGAGGAGGAGGAGGAACAAGGACACUCAAGGGAGGUAGAGGAAGGAGUAGGAGGAAGGAAGGAAGGAAGUAAGGAAGGAAGAAGAAGAAGAAGAAGAAGAACAAGAGAGGAGGGUGGAGGGUGGAGGAGGAUGGGGUCAGGGAUGUUGUUACUGGGUAUGCUCGGAUUGGGUCACACGAUGCGAUCAUCAUCAUCAUCGUCUCCUUCGUCUUCUUCGGUUACAGUUGGUGACCAUGCUAAUUUUGGAGAGCCAGAGUGGUGGAUUGCUUGCGGGAUUUCAGUUUUCCUGGUGGUGUUUGCUGGGGUUAUGUCGGGAUUGACGCUGGGUCUUAUGUCGCUUGGGCUUGUAGACUUGGAAGUUCUACAGCAGAGUGGUACAGUGGAAGAGAAAAAACGAGCUUCCGCGAUCCUGCCCGUCGUUCGAACGCAGCACCAGCUCCUGGUCACAUUGCUGCUCUGUAAUGCAGCUGCCAUGGAGGCGCUUCCUAUCUUUUUGGAUGACAUGUUCAACGAGUUUGCAGCAGUGAUCUUGUCUGUCACUUUUGUGCUUGCUUUUGGAGAGGUAAUACCUCAAGCAGUAUGCUCAAGACAUGGGCUUGCGAUCGGUGCCAAUUUUAUCUGGUUGGUUAAAAUUCUCAUGGUCAUUUGUUGGCCCAUCUCCUACCCUGUUGGAAAGAUAUUAGACCAUUUGUUGGGACACAGCGACUCGGCACUGUUCAGAAGGGCGCAGCUCAAGGCAUUUGUUGGCAUUCACGGAAAAGAGGCUGGCAAAGGAGGAGAGCUUACACAUGAUGAAACGACCAUCAUUCAGGGAGCUUUGGACCUUACGGAAAAGACUGCUCUGGAUUCCAUGACUCCAUUGGAGCAUACCUUUUCACUGGACGUCGACACGAAGCUGGACUGGGAGGUUGUGGGAAAAAUAAUGGCUCGAGGACACAGUCGGAUUCCUGUCUAUUCAGGCGAUAAACGCAAUAUUGUCGGUGUUUUACUGGUGAAGAGCCUUUUAACAGUUCGUGCUGAGGCUGAAACCCCUAUAAGAGCCGUCAGCAUAAGAAGAAUACCCAGAGUGCCCAGUGACAUGCCCCUAUAUGACAUUCUGAACGAAUUUCAGAAAGGAGGUAGCCAUAUGGCAGCAGUAAUGAAGGUUAAGAGAAAGAGGAACAUGAGUUCUGAUAAAAAUAAAGCCAAGCAAAGUCCGGAAACGGAUACCAACCACGAGGCAGAUCUAGAAGGCGGUCUAGAGAAUCACGAAUCUCCAGAAAUGAACACUAAGGUGGUGGAGGAAGAUCAGUAUGAUGUUGAGGCGGGAGAAGUUAUUGGGAUCAUCACACUUGAGGAUGUGAUGGAAGAGCUUCUACAAGAAGAGAUUGUGGAUGAAACUGAUGAAUUCAUAGAUGUCGCCAACAAGGUGCGAGUAGCAGCAGCUGCGGCAGCACAAACUCAUAGAGGAGGAUCGUUGAUUCGCAGAGUUGGUUCUUAUAAGAAUCCGCAAAUGGGACUAUCAAAACAAAGCCAAAAUGCGAUCAAAAAGGUCCGGCAGGUUGAGGACGAGGCCAGAAAACAGCGUUUGGCUCAACUGGACAUGACCAGCAGCGGCAAUUUGAUAGAGCCAUUGUUAGAUCGUACAUAAUACGGGCCGGUUGCCAAUGCUCGUUUGCGAUCAGUGGUCGCUUCAGAUCGAUGAUGAGAAGUAUUUUUCAAGCAUCAUCAUGAACUCAAUCUGACUGACCUUUACAAUUUUAUUCUAGAUGUUUUCAGGUUGUAAAGUUAGCUCCCCAUGUGAGAUUGCCAGAGUAACUCGAGAAGCAUUUAGCUGCAGGCAUUUAUAUCGAAGAAGCUGCCUAACAGCUGUACCAAAAUAGCCGGAGAGAGAUCGUAGCUGUAGUAUCGGUGGUCAAGGACUGUACAGGAAGGUGUAGGUAAAGUGUCCCCAUUUAAUUGGCCAAAAAAAAAUAUUCCUGCCCUACAGCGAUUCUGCACUCUUUAAAAGGACUCUUAUUGAAAUCGUGAAAAAAAUUUAUGUGACAUCCA